UGUUGAUAAGACACUUGAAGUUCCAAGACAAACAUGAAUGAAUUAAAAAGCCUCACCAAAAUUGGUGUCUCAAUUGGCUGUUUCACAUUGAUCUCGGGAAUCUGCAAUAUUAUCCUAAUUUAUGAUCGUGUUGCUCGUCUAAUGGAGUAUUUUAAAAUAUACUUUCAUUUUGAUAAGCAAACCAUUGUUGGUUUUAUUCAUUAUUUCAUAUUGGUCAGCAUAUCUGGGGUAAUGAUUUUUGGCAUUUUCAAGAGACGUCUCAGGUGGUUGAUACUCUGGCUUGUAUUGCAUGGUAUCAGCUUUAUAGCUUACAUUGGCAUUAUCACUGUAGACCUUGCACCUAGACCAUUUUCUUCAUAUGAACUUAUUCAAGCUAUACGAGUGGCAAAUGAAUCCAUCAUGUCGUUAUUUUGCAUUUACAUAGUGUAUCGCAAAAUACGCUCUGUGAAUAACAAACGUUUGGAAGAGGUAAAAACGGCGGAAGUUAAGUCUUGCAAAGAACAAUUCACUGAAGUGGCCUCGAAUGAGAAGGAUGACGAUAUAAGUAAUCCAGCUAGUGAAUAUGAUAAUGUUUAGUUCCAUUUUGGAAGACAUUUUUUUUUGUAAAA